CAAGAUUUGGUAAUUAGGGAUUUGUCCACUAUAUGGCCAAGUACUUCAGCAAGACCGGGACGUCUACGAGUCAAACAAUUGUCAUACGUUACAGAAUGGAGGUAUCGUUUCGAACUCUACAGAAUCAACCAACUCGGAUUUUUCUUGCAGCUUGGUAGUUGUGUCAGAUUCAGGCUCAUGGUCGCCUCACACACGUUCCUUUUACUAUCAUUGUUUCGUGUGGUCUGCAGUUACGCUGCGGACUUUCACAAGCUUCACACUCCAGACCGCAUCAGCAUUGCUGCCGCUCACCACUGUGAUAGAGGUCAAUAUGAUGAAGUUCCGAGUUGCGCCCAGUAUUGGCACAUCACCUGUAUCAUCUCCCAUACGGGCUGUUGGCACCAACAUCACGCAGGACAUGAACACCAUUCAUCAGCGCAGGCUGGUAACAAUUGCAGAGGAAAUAACUCUAAACCCUGAUAAUAUCACAUCCUGGAUUGCAGAUCUGGGAGCCAAUGGCCAGUGGCCUAGUUCUGAAGUGGACUACACUACCGGAUGUGAUGCACAAAGAUCCAAUUGGCCUGCUCAAAUGCACUGGCAACGCAUCAGUACCAUGGCCGCUGCUUGGCACGGAGGUCUUAGCGGGGGGCAGCAAUACGUCAAUGAUUCCAAGACCUUGGCCGCCAUAUCACUUGCUAUGGACUAUUGGUUCGCUAAUGAUUUCACCAACCCCGCAUGUCUAGAUUAUGGAGGCACUCCAACCUGCCCUUGUGGCACGCCGGGAUUUUGGAACACGAAUUGGUUCUCCAAUGUUAUCUUGAUACCCGAAUUGGUGUCACAAUCCUGCCUCCUGCUGAACGACACAUUGUCAUAUACUCAGCUUGGCAAUUGUACUCACAUCACCCUCCGCGCAUAUGGCACGUUCGACCACUAUGUCAAUGGUAUAGGUUAUAUCACUGGUGCAAAUGCAUUAGAUGUUGCAAAAAUUGGGAUCGAUCAAAGUCUUCUGGUUGUCAACGUCUCCUUGAUCAUAGAUGCGUUCACGAGGAUUCAUGACACUGUGGUUAUUGAACAGCCUGUCCAAUCUGAUGGGAUUCGUCCCGACGGAUCUUUCGGUCAACACCUUGGGAUCAUCUAUAACGGCAAUUAUGGAAAAGAUUUUUCAAAUGACGUUCUGGAUCUGGAAAUUGAGGCUGCAGGAACGCAAUUUGCUGCUAAUGCAACUUCCAAGACUGCACUCGAAACUCUAUUUGACGGAAAUCGAUGGAUGAUCUUCCGUAAUGUCCAGACCAAUGUAUCGCAUUGGGAUUUUAGCGUCUUAGGUCGUUUCAUUAGUUUCCCUGUAAUUGACAAUCAGGCUACAGGUAGCAUCAAUAUGAAUAUUUCAGAGGUUCAGCAACUCGGAGAGGAAUGGAACUCUACUGUUCUCCUCGAAUUUUCUUCGACCGUAUCUGCCAAUGCAGCCGAUGCAAAUGUGGGCGAGAUCCGCGGGAAUCUUAUGUUCUUUGCCAAUGACUACAUGGUAACUCGCGGUCCAGGCUACGUGACCACAGUGAGAAUGUAUUCCAACAGGACAGUAAACACAGAGUGUCUCAACUCUCAAAACCCUUUCGGCUUCCAUCUCUCGGAUGGCACUGUUUACACUUACCUUCAAGGCAAUGAAUACGAAGAUGUCGCUGCUGCCUGGGACUGGAACCUUAUUCCUGGAACUACCGUGGACUAUAAUGCUACAGUGCUCGACUGUAACCAUACUUCAUAUACCGGUCAAGAAGCCUUUGUCGGUGGCGUCUCGGACGGUCGAAUUGGUGCCGCAGCAAUGCGCUAUACCAACCCAGAGAGUGGCUCGAUAUCCUGGCAAAAGACAUGGUUUUUCCUGGAGAGCGACGUUCAGCAUGUCAUGAUUGCCAACAUUUCGUCUGCCACUGCAGCCCCCGUAUUUUCAGUUCUUGAUCAACGACGCUUCGCAGGCGGUGUUUGGGUGAAUGGAGCAGGAACUUUUGGUGGCAACUACACAAAUCCGCAAACCAUGUGGCAUGGACAAGUUGGCUACGAGUUUCCAGCUGCUAAUGGUACAUAUGGGCUCUCCGUUGAAUGGGGUAACCGCACGGGUGCUUGGUCAAGCAUUGGAUCGUCCACGCAGCCUCCUGAGACGGUCGAACUCUUCGCUGCAUGGCUCUAUCAUAACAACCUAUCCGCCCCUGCCUCCUAUACAUCUUAUCCUGCGGUUGAUUACGGUACCUUCACGCUCAAGCGAGCGGCCACGCAGCUGCAAGAAAUUGAGAAUAGCGCAAGUAUUAGCGCGUUGCUCGAUAAAGUUCAUCGAACGGUAACAGCAGUAUUUUGGAGCCCUACUGGUGGUUCUUUCACCUUCCAGCUGGAUGGCUACGCACGAAUUACCGUCACAACCAGUGCAAACGCCGCCUUUCUCUAUUGUGUAGAAUCUGGCACUGUGACAGUCUCGGAUCCAUCGCAGACACUUUCUGACCUCAGCGUAAAAAUGACUGCUGGAGAUGGAGUUAAACCAGAAGGAUGGAGUUUCCAAAACACACUCAUUAUAUAUUUCACACUACCUAGCAGUGGUUCGGCAGGAAGUAGCGUGACCCACGUAUUAGGGCAGUAGCAUAUCGUUCAUCAGACGGGAUUUUUACAAUACUAGCCAUGCAAAUGUUAAUGUAUUGCAACGGUGGAGUACAUAUUUUUGUGGAUGCGGGAUAAACAAAGACGAGAUCAGAAAGUGGGUUGCUCGCCAUAUGCCUCCUGUUGGUAAGCUGGCUCCUGUGCAUAGGCAGCAGCAGGUUCCUCCGCGGCUGGGGGUGGAGCGGAAACAAUGGCAGGCUCUCUUGAUUCUGAGGAAGGUUCCGAAACAAUCUUGUCGAGAGGCGGCUCGAGAAUCUGGACAGAGUCGGGAAGGGGCUUGCGAGGGCCCAAUUGGCCUUCAGGGUCAUAGCCUUU